AUGGAGGAGGCGAAUGAGGAAGGGGUGGAUGAAGACAUGGCUGCUACGCAAACGAGUGGAAAAUCUCCCCUUAUGGUGCGAAGUAGCAGCAACCACGACAAUGAUUGCAGUGACGCAAUGGUGAAGUGCUACAAAAAAAAAUUGUUUCUCCAUUCUGACGUAUUGAGGGAUAUCCUGUUCGGUGCGGGAAAUGAAGACUUUAACAGUCUGAGCAUUUGCCCCGAGUUGGAUUAUUUUAAGGCAGAAAUAAAUGGAAGGAUGCUGAACAGCAGUGUAAACAACAACAGUAUGCACUUCAAUGAUUACAAAAUAGAAGAUUUGAACAUAGAAAAUGUGAUGCAAGAAUCGCUAGCAUUUGACAAUAUGAAUUUAAACGAUUCUGUAGGAAAUAAUUUAAAUUAUUCCCAAAGCAUUUUAUCAUUUCAUCAAGGAAGUAACACAAUGACGGGCCUCCCCUUACCAGAACUCAUGAAGAGUGAAAAUAAAGAUUUCAGUCUAAUGAAUUCCCUAGGGGGGAAUUUCCCCAUGAGUACACAAAAUACUUUGUUUUUUAAAAACCAGGGAGGAAGUCCCACGAGAAAAGGUCUAAUAUCAACCAUUCCAGAUGAAGACACUCUCUGGAAUCGCAAUGUGAUGACUUUCGAAAACAGACUUAAUGCGAUAGACGUAAAUAACAAAUUUAAUUAUCAUUAUUAUGUUCCUAGUAAGCUAAUGGCCCAUGGGAAUUUUAGGAACCUAAUGGAUAUAGCUAAAGGGACUCAUAAGAAUAAGCACAUGGUACUACACUCCGUAGUACAGAAAAAAGUAAAGGCUUCCUUCGAUGUGUCACUUAUCGAUUUUGAAAAUUUGUAUAAAGAAAUAAAUGACGUAGAAUUAUCUACGUACGAUUUAUGGAAGAAGGAAAAAAAGAAGUAUGUAUCGAAUGCCCUUUUUUCCAUCGAUCAAACUUCCUACAUAUUUGAAACGAAGGAUAACUGCAUUAAUUGCGUCAACACGGUUACGGAUAGAAUUAUGAAAUUUUCCAAAGCGCCAAUGAUCGCACCCAGUGACUACAGUGGCGACCUUAAAUUGAAUGUCGUUCUGAACGAAGUGAACUCCGAUUUUGUGACAAAUGACAUGGGCCAAAUAAACUACGCAGAAGGCAGAAAUAUGGAAAGCUUGUUUCCAGAGCAUAUGGACGACCAUCAGGAUUGUCAUAUGCAGGAAGGGCUAAAUGAUGCCAUCGAUAAAUUCUAUAACAUGGAUUUUGAGGAUAUAUGGCAGAACGAAAAUGAAAAUCAUUUAUCCAAGCAGGGCAGCAAGAAUGAGAAUGCGUCUGCUUUGCAGCUCCGCCAGAGUGUUUCGCGCGGAAGCACACUUGGAAAUGCGAACAUGGAAAAUGUAGCAAAAUUUGUGGAUGUCUCGAAAAUAAAGAAAAUUUUGUGCGACAUUGUGAAGCCCGCGGGGAAAGACGCGAGUGACGCGCAGGGUCGAGCGCAGCGGAACGACCAGAUUGUGCCCUACGUUGAGGAAAAGACGACAACUUUUAAGGACAUUAUCAACGAGACCAAAUCAAAGAUGAACCCAGCAGAGGUGAACGGCACAUCCAUCCAUAUGCUCUUCGUGUGCUUGCUGUACACGUGCAACGACCAAGAAUUACUUCUGGAGAAGAUACCAAAUGAGGACAACUUCUACGUCCGCUACGGGUUGCCCGUGGAAUACCACGUUAAGCCCGACGACUUGCUGAUGCUUGAAAAUUGA